UUAAAAAAAAAAAUGUGAAGAAAAAGAAAAAGGAGGAAGCUGGCGGCAGCGGGCUCCGGUAGCAGUAGCAGCUAUGGCUAAUCACAGAGUGAGCGGACGUGAACGAGCAGCUGCUGAGAGUUAGAGGAGAAAAAAGGAAAAGUAAAGCGAGGCAGCAGCUUCCUCUCAGCCUCGUCCAGCCGGAGGAAACAAGGAAGUGAACAGCUGACUGACUUCCAGUGGUUUUCCGCCGGUAAGUCCCGGGCAAGGAGAACAUUGCACAGAUGUUGACCGUGGAGCUUCCCGUGUGAAGAGCCGUCUCCAGACUGGGACAUGUUAUCUCUCAGAGCCAGACCUCCUCUCUCCUGACACAGGGAGCUUUACAACCAAGAUCUUGACUAUCUACCUCAACAGAGUCCACUCCCUCUGUUCUACCUUUCAGGAUAUUCACCACUCUCUUUCUACCUCAACACGUAUUGUACACACACAGACGCACGUAGUUGUUAUCAGCUGGCUCAGAAACGCCAACGGCCGUCAGUCAUCUAUUGACGGUGUAACACAGUUGGCUGGGUUUCUUCCUGCUUAACUGCUCGAGGAGCCGCCUGAAGCAAACAUGUUACACAGGGGUUUGUGAUGUCCGAACCCUGCCACGGAAAAACAGGACCAGUAUCAGCAUCAGGAUCAGUGUCAGGGGAAGGACAGGGGCGGAAUCAGAGAGACGUUCCUCGUUUCGUGCUUGGCUGUGAAGAUGAUGAGCAGGACAUGGGCCAAAUGGAGACAGGCAUGAAGAAUAAGAUGUAUCGAGAAGAGGACAUGAAGGAUGACGAAGAUGAGUCGCCGUCAGAGCGACAGAUUGUGGUCGGCAUAUGUGCCAUGAUGAAGAAGUCAAAAUCCAAGCCCAUGACUCAGAUCCUGGAGCGCCUUUGUAAGUUUGACUACAUCAAUGUGGUCAUCUUUCCCGAGGAGGUGAUCCUGGAAGAACCUGUGGAGAAGUGGCCUCUGUGCGACUGCCUCAUCUCCUUCCACUCCAAAGGUUUCCCUCUGGAUAAAGCUGUGGACUACGCCAAGCUCAGGAAUCCACUACUCAUCAAUGACCUCAACAUGCAGUAUUUCAUACAGGACAGGAGGGAAGUGUACCGGAUCCUACGGGAAGAGGGCAUUGACCUGCCUCGUUACGCUGUGUUAAACCGAGACCCCGACAACCCUGAAGAGUGCAACCUCGUGGAGGGGGAGGACCAUGUUGAGGUGAACGGGGAGGUGUUUCCUAAACCUUUCGUGGAGAAACCCGUGUGCGCUGAGGACCAUAACGUCUACAUCUAUUACCCUACAUCUGCUGGAGGGGGCAGCCAAAGACUCUUCAGAAAGAUAGGGAGUCGGAGCAGUGUGUACUCCCCAGAAAGCAGUGUACGAAAGACUGGCUCCUACAUAUAUGAAGAGUUCAUGCCCACAGAUGGUACUGAUGUGAAGGUUUACACAGUUGGUAUAGACUACGCCCAUGCGGAGGCCCGGAAAUCUCCUGCCCUGGAUGGAAAAGUAGAGAGGGACAGUGAGGGGAAGGAGAUCCGCUACCCUGUCAUGCUGACCUCCAUGGAGAAGCUAGUGGCUCGCAAGGUCUGCCUGGCCUUCAAGCAAACAGUGUGUGGAUUCGACCUGCUCAGAGCUAACGGCCACUCCUUCGUCUGUGAUGUGAAUGGCUUCAGCUUCGUCAAAAACUCCAUGAAGUACUACGACGACUGUGCCAAAGUGCUGGGAAACAUGGUGAUGAGGGAGUUAGCGCCCCAGUUCCACAUCCCCUGGUCCAUCCCAAUGGAAGCUGAAGACAUCCCCAUUGUCCCAACAACCUCAGGAACCAUGAUGGAGCUGCGCUGUGUUAUUGCCAUCAUCCGUCACGGAGACCGCACACCAAAGCAAAAGAUGAAAAUGGAGGUCCGACAUCCUCUAUUCUUUGAGUUGUUUGACAAGUACGGAGGCUACAAGUCAGGAAAGCUAAAGCUGAAGAAGCCAAAGCAGCUCCAGGAAGUGCUAGAUAUCGCUCGCCUGCUGCUGGUCGAACUGGGCCAGCACAACGACUGCGAGAUUGAGGAAAAGAAAUCUAAACUGGAGCAACUCAAGACUGUCCUGGAGAUGUAUGGACAUUUCUCAGGUAUCAACAGGAAAGUCCAGCUGACCUACCUGCGUAACGGCCAGCCAAAAGCCUCAAGCGAAGAAGAAGAUUCGAAGAAGGACGGGCCAUCUCUGCUGCUCGUGUUGAAGUGGGGCGGGGAGCUGACGCCUGCAGGCCGGGUUCAGGCUGAAGAACUGGGCAGGGCUUUUCGCUGCAUGUACCCUGGAGGCCAAGGUGAUUAUGCUGGCUUUCCAGGGUGUGGACUCCUGCGCCUGCACAGCACAUACCGCCACGACCUGAAGAUCUACGCCUCUGAUGAAGGAAGGGUACAGAUGACAGCCGCUGCUUUCGCGAAGGGUCUGCUGGCUCUAGAAGGGGAGUUGACGCCGAUCUUGGUUCAAAUGGUGAAGAGUGCCAACAUGAACGGACUGCUGGACAGUGACAGCGACUCUCUGACCGACUGCCAGCAGAAGGUGAAGGCCAGGCUGCAUGAAAUCAUGCAGAAGGACCAGGAGUUUACAGAGGAUGACUAUCAGAAGUUGGCACCCACUGGCAGCCCGUCACUGGUGAACUCAAUGAAGGUCAUCCAGAAUCCAGUCAAAACCUGCGACAAGGUGUAUGCCCUCAUCCAGAGUCUCACUUCACAGAUUCGCAAGAGACUGGAGGACCCCAAGUCUGCAGACCUGCAGCUUUAUCACAGCGAGACGUUGGAGCUGAUGUUGCAGCGCUGGUCCAAACUGGAGAGAGACUUCCGCAUGAAGAACGGACGAUAUGACAUCAGCAAGAUCCCGGACAUCUACGACUGCAUCAAAUACGACUCGCAGCACAACGCCUCGCUCGGACUGGAGGACACGCUGGAGCUGUUCAGGCUGUCCCGGGCCCUGGCUGACAUAGUCAUACCACAGGAGUAUGGCAUCAGCAAAGCAGAGAAACUGGACAUCGCUCAGGCUUACUGUGUUCCUCUGAUGAAGAAAAUCCAGCUGGACCUGCAGAGGACCCAUGAGGACGAGUCUGUCAACAAGCUGCACCCCCUAUAUUCCCGUGGCGUGAUGUCUCCCGGUCGUCAUGUUCGCACACGUCUCUACUUCACCAGCGAGAGUCACGUUCACUCCCUGCUCAGCAUCUUCCGCUACGGAGGGCUGUUGAAUGAGGAGAAGGACUGGCAGUGGAAACAGGCAAUGGACUACCUGAGUGCUGUGACUGAACUCAACUACAUGACACAGAUAGUUAUUAUGUUGUAUGAAGACAACGAUAAGGAUCCCUCCUCAGAGGAGCGUUUCCAUGUUGAGCUUCACUUCAGUCCCGGAGUCAAAGGGUGUGAAGAUGAGGAGAACAUACCACUUGGCUUUGGCUUCCGACCAGCGUCCUCAGAGAAUCAAGACAAAAAGCCCAAUCAGGGCAGUCUGGAGGAUCUCUCCCAGGACCAGCCGGAUCAGGCACUUCCUGUCUCUGAGCCGAUUAACAUCCAGCGAAGGUCCCCGAUGAUCCGAAACCGCAAGACGGGCUCCAUGGAGGUCCUCUCUGAGACCUCUCCCACCCAGUCCUCCAAAGGCUCCACAUCCCACCGACUCUUCCCCUCGUGUUCACGCCAGUCUCCUGAGAUCAAACCAACCAGUGGCCUAGGCUCGCUCUGCUCUGGCCUCUUCAGCGCCUCCGCCCUCGGGGUGUCCUGUAGCGCCCCCAACUUGCGGGACUACGUCCGCACCCACCACCUCCUCCACCGAAAACCACCUCUGUCCCCCGGCAGUCUGCCGUGCCAGGUUGGCAUGUUUGAGCUGUUCUCUAUGCCGGCAGUAAAGAGAUUUUCUGUGUCGUUUGCCAGGCAUCCGACUAAUGGGUUUGAAGGCUGCUCCAUGGUGCCCUCUAUCUACCCGCUGGAGACGCUGCACAACUCACUGUCACUGAAGCAGGUGGACAAGUUCCUCAACACGGUGUGUGAGAGCAGCAGCGAGGCCCACGCCAAAACCAUGAAAGCGCUCUCCAGCCUGUUCGACUCUCAGAGCCAGACGUCUCUCUACAGCCCUCAGCAGCCUCUGUCCUCCUCGGGGUCGGAAACAUCUCUUCGGCCGCCAAGCCAGCCUCUGUGGCAUGGCAGUAUCCCAUCCAGUGCUGUAUCCAGCGCGGGCCCUUCCUCCCCCAUCACAGAGAGCUCCGGUCUGAACUUCAGCUUCAGUGAGUAGACGGUGGUCUGUCUGGAAAAACACAAGGACUUCUGGGUAUCUAUGGGCACCAUCUGAAAACUUGUGUGCGUCUCUCCGUUUUAUCUUUGCUUCUGCUCACAUUCACACACAAAAAAACAAACAAACACUGGAGGAGAUGCAGUUUCUGAAGAGACUGUAAAUACAACCACUCAAACCGGACCAGACGUCUGAUUAGCACACCGUCCCUGCUCCGGCAAGAGACAAAACACUGACCCUUCAACAGAGUGUCUCAUCAGCCCCGAUCCUUGUCUGCAGUUUGUCAUUCAUAAAGCAGCUGAGUAACAGUGCAUCAAGCCAACAUUCAGACCAGUCGUGCCUUUAGUUAAUUUGGAUGCUGCCUACGCUUAGAAACAAAACGACUACUGUGCCUGCUGUUCACACACCAGCUGCCUCCAUCCUGACCUUACACAUGUAUGACUGACACGGACUACAGACUGAGAGUCAACGUGUCAACAGUCAUUGAUUUUUUUUUUCUUCUUCACUGUUGUACAGCAGUGUUGUGGCUAGCCAAUCACAGCCCAAUAAAUACACGUAUUCACUUUCUCUUGCUGACAAUUGGGAUGAGAUUAUCAAUACCGCUCUCAUGUCUGCAGCCAGCAGCCCGUUAGCUUAGCACAAAGGCAGAAAACAGUGGAAACGUUGAGCCUAGCUCUGAUUCAACUCGCACAUCACGCACAUACAAACAACAGUUUUUGCUUUUACAGUGAGGAGUCUUCACAGAUUCGUACAUUAGAGUUUUUGUUUGAAUUCAACAAAUAGGAUAUCUCCUGUUCAUCAGUGAGGUGUGGACAGAGCCAGGCUGCCUGUGUUCACCUGCUGUAUUUAGCUUCGUAUUUAGCAUACAGACAUGAGAGAAAAGCAAAUAAGCCAAGUUCAAAGGUUUCCUUUUAAGACCAUGUAUACAUAAUUUGGGUUUAUAAAAAAUAAAUCUGAGAUGAGGGUGCAGACUUUAUUCUCAGACCGUUUUAAACUUCAAGGGACAGAUGCAGCCCAAAUAUCACCCAAUCUAAUAUAAACAUCAUGUGACCAUCAGGCACUUUUAUAAUUUCAGAGAUGUACAGACUCUCCCUAGAGGACCUGGAGGAUUUGGGUUAUCUUCAUUGUAUACUUAGACUCGGUCCACGCUGGUACCUGCUGCCGUCAGUUCAUUCACUCCAUUUUGAAAUCCAGGUACAUCUGUUUGACGUAAAGCCUGAGCCAGCUCGAUCAACCUGUGUUAGCCUGUUCAGUGAUAGUCUGCUGUGCAAUAGAAACACAAUGUAACUGUAAAUGUGCCUUUCAAUGACUUUAGAGAGAUUUGCAGAGUUCUGUCCACACUGCUGUAUUUUUACUACUUUUUCAUUUUGGAGGGAAAUCAAGAAAAUGUGUGGUAUAGUUUUAUAUUAGAGUUAAAGAGAAGAACCACUCGAAGUAAAUAGUAUCCAUGUACUUUUACAGAAUGACGACUACCUGAAGAGUUUUCUCAGUUGUUGCUGAGUGUUUGUCUGCUGUCGCACCAGAUGUUUGUUUUAAUGUUGGAUGAAUCAAAUGAAUGAUGAUACUCAGGUCGACAUCAUGAAUCCACAGAUGGAAAUAGUUUUUUUUUUUUUUUUUAUCAUCAUGUGACUGAACUGGGGGGUCAAUUCACUUUUAUGAAUAAUAAAUAAUAAAUUCAGUGGUGGAUUUCCUCCAAAGAGAUACUUUGAUCACUCUGACCAAUGACUUACAGAGCAGACUGCUGAUUGUUCUAUUUAGGCAGCAAUACCAAAAUUCUAAAUGGGAAAAUGAAAAUGGCUUCUUGCUCCUUUCACCUGGUGAAGGUGAUUGGUGAAAUGACCUGCCCCCCAAAACAUGAAACAAAGUGUGUUUGUGUGUACUGUACACACACACAUCAUGGAAAGGGCUUUAGUUUUAGGUUGAACUAAUGAUUUUUUACCUGAUGCUGGAUUGAUGUAGGUAAUUUUUAGUUGUGUAUUUAUGUGAUUAUUUAAUGUGCUAUUUAAUGUCAGCCAAAGAAGAGGGGAGUGUUUCUGUGCUGAGUUUGGCUGCUGGAGAACAAAGUGGAGAUGUGAUGUGUAAAACAUUUCUGUCUUCAGGCUCAGGU